AUGCAGUGGAAGCUUGGGACUCCCCUCUGGUGGGCAGUCUCUGGAGUUUGGAAAGACGCGGACCUUGACAAGACAGUUAUUCGGGCUGCCGACCGCCUCCGCUGUGAGAUUGAGAAUAUAGCGGAGGAAGGAGGCGAUCUCCAAAAAGUCAGCUUUAUGAAUGAUGCUGGCCCAACGCAAACAGUGUUAGAAAGCUACGGGACCGAAAAUCUAAAGAAAAUGCGGGACGUAGCAGCCAAAUAUGACCCUUAUGGUGUCUUCCAGGAGCUGGAGAAUGACGGUGUACUUUUGAGGAACAUCUGA